GCGGUGCUCAUGUGACUUCAGCAUGGCGGUGUUCGCGGAUUUGGACCUGAGAGCGGGUUCCGACUUGAAGGCGCUCCGCGGGCUGGUGGAGAACGCUGCUCACCUGGGCUAUUCAGUUGUUGCCAUCAAUCAUGUUGUUGAAUUUAAGGAAAAGAAACAGGAAAUUGAAAAACCAGUAGCUGUGUCUGAACUCUUUACAACUUUGCCAAUUGUACAGGGAAAAUCAAGACCGAUUAAAGUUUUAACUAGACUGACAAUUAUCGUUUCGGAUCCAUCUCAUUGCAAUGUUUUGAGAGCAACGUCUUCAAGGGUCCGGCUGUAUGAUAUCGUUGCAGUUUUUCCAAAGACAGAAAAACUUUUUCAUGUUGCUUGUACACAUUUAGAUGUGGAUUUAGUCUGCAUAACUGUAACAGAGAAACUACCAUUUUACUUCAAAAGGCCCCCUAUUAAUGUGGUGAUAGAAGUUCAUUUGCCAGGCAUAGACUUGGACGAUACUGUGGGGUGUGUGCCCGCUGUCCUUCUUUGUUCAUUGAGAAGACCACUGCAGCCAGGUGACUUUGCCAUUGUCCAUGCUAGCACCCUUCAGAUGCUUCCCACUGCUACGGCAAUUGACCGAGGCGUGGGCUUUGAACUUGUCUACAGCCCUGCCAUCAAAGAUUCCACCAUGAGAAGGUACACGAUUUCCAAUGCCCUCAAUUUGAUGCAGGUCUGCAAAGGAAAGAAUGUAAUUAUAUCCAGUGCUGCGGAAAGGCCUUUAGAAAUAAGAGGCCCGUACGAUGUGGCGAACUUAGGGUUGCUGUUCGGGCUGACCGAGAGCGAUGCCAGGGCCGCCGUGUCCACCAACUGCCGAGCGGCUCUUCUCCACGGAGAAACUAGAAAAACUGCUUUUGGAAUUAUUUCCACAGUGAAGAAACCUCGGCCCUCAGAAGCAGAUGAUGAUUCUCUUCCAGCUUGCAAGAAAGCCAAGUGUGAGGGCUGAAAAGAAUCCCCAGUCCUUGUCGGCACUCCCUGCCUGCUAGUCCGUCAGCCACAACGGAAAUGAGAGCUUUGUGUGCUUUUCUGUUUUCAUUCGGAGUUAGGAAUCAGUAGUCUAUAAAAAAAUUUUAUAUUCAAGCCAUUAAAAUAACAAAACCUAGUGAAGCAGUAAAAAAGACCACUAGCUUAAUGAGUUUCGAUAUACUUCAAGAGAAAAACAGAGACUGGUUAAUUUAUCAUUUGUACUAAGUGAUAAAACAGCAGGUAUCAUUGA